AUGAUGCCCUUGGUGUCUCCUCCGCGCACGGCGUCUGCGCCGUCAUACCGGGCCCCGGACUCCUACUCGUCCUCGCAUAACUUAUACCAAGCCAUACCGGACUUCACCGCGUUGCAUGCAGACCCACAACGUCGUCAACACUUCGAAGAAGAGCUCGCUCCACUACCUCCGUAUCGUCCCGGACGCCGCGUGACGGUUCUGCGCCAACCUCGCGGCUGCAACUUGGUGCAGCCCUGCAUUUUGGUCGGCCAGAUCACACGCAUGGUACUCUUUAACGGAUGCAGCGCCGUGCUUAGCGUAGUUGCAGCCUUGAUAGUGUGGGUAAUGGCAGCUCUGUCCGUCGUGAUGAUGCCCCUCUGUGGCUGCGGCGUCUCGGUCUUCAAUGGGUUGUUACACACAGUCUUCUACUUGUGCUGCACAGACGCCUUCAUCUACAAUGCCUUGGCUGCAUCGGCAGCUGAUUGCAUUGACAUGGACCUGGCAGAGUGGGGAAUUGAUGCUAGUGGUGAACUGCACCCUUUGCUGCCAAUUCGAGUGCCCCCACCAACUGCAGGAGCCAGAGAACAAAUGUUCGAGCCUUGUCCAAGAUUUGAGAGAAGUCUGGGGUCUGCGUCACCCAGAUCGGUGCUUGCGACGGCGUAUUUUGGCUGUUUUAAGUUGAUAAUUGGAGCAGGACAGGUGAUCUCAGUGGCGCUGGUGCUGGGAGUUCUCGGGUUCUUGAUUGGAGAUAAGCGCGUCCCCAUUCACUUGGAGACAUUCACAGCGCAACAUCCGUUUGCAGUGUACACGACGGCGUUCGGGUUCCUGUUGAUAGCGUUGGCAUUGCUGCAUGGGAUGACAAGGGUGUCCAAGGUUGUCACGCGGUUCUUCUGCUGCGAAGCCGUUAGAGUUUAA